UCUAUGGGACUCUUGUUCUUGGAGAUUUGUUACUGAUAUAUGGGCAGAGGCAGCUCAAAGGCCAUGGGGAAGUAGUGUUGCACUUGGAAAGGCCUCUGUGCCAGGAGUCUGCGGAUAGGUGAUUCCUGACUAAGAGCUCUGAUUCCUCAUCAGUAAAACCAGAGAUAAUAACUUUCUUACCCCAGGGUGGUUGCACCAGAUCAUGGUGUGAACCUGCUCUGUAAACACUGAUGGCGCCAGGGGGGUGGUCCUGGAAUGGUGAACUUGUGGUGGCUUCAGAGGACAUGGUUUGAAAAGCGAAAGAAUGAGGAUUGUUUGGUGAGAGAAAUUGUCAGGCUGAAGGUAGUAGAAUUGAUGAUUGGAAGGCGGUGGUAACAAGAAUUGUCAGAAGGCACCAGCCAGCGGCCCUUCUGCUCUAAGGGCCACCAUUACUUGCAAAUGUGCUCAUGAGUCAUUUAAGUCAGACAACAGGGGCCACACACUGACACUGCAUGGAAAUGCUGGCAAAGGUGAUCAGAGUUGGGGGGCACCCUCUUCUCCUCUCAGCUUCCCCUAGAUCAACCUUUCCUAUGUGUUCUGAUUCUUUUCUUUUUUUCAAUUUACUUUUACUGUUGAGAGUAUUGUGUCCUGAUUCUUGAGCCUCUCUUAUAGAGGAUCAUAUUCUCACAAAACCUCUCAGAAAUUAAAUUAUUUUUGUGUAGUAUAAGAUCAAAAAGUGACUUUAUAUUUUUAUUAAUGUAUUUUAGAUUGAUAUAUGGACAAUGGCAUAUCCUUAUGGGGUUUAUUUUGAUCAGAUGAAUGAAACUUUCAGAUCUGAUUACAAAACCCUAGAGGUUUAUUUGCAGAUUUUUUCUAGCCAAUUUUGUGUUCAUCAAAUUGUUCUUCAAACUCCCAUUCUUCAACCAGUGGUCUAUUUUUGGUAUAAAGUAAGAAGAUAAAAAUAAAACACAAUUUAGAAGAAUGUUAGGGUAAAAACUACCUAGUAGCAUCUAAUGGUGUUCAGCUGACCCAGACAAGAGUACACUUAUCUGCUAACCUCACAGCCACAUAUGCCCACUUGAUGAGCACUCAGAGCUCUCAAGAAGUUUAAUUAAAGUGGAAAAAUACUACUGUAGUUUGCUGAUUUUAAGGCAUACAUUUUUUCCCAUUAACAUCUCUGAAAUUGAUAUGUCUUACAGUGGUACUUACAUUGAUAUUUUUCUUGUAAGAUGGCGCAUUAAUUACAUAAAAUCUUCAGUUUUAUGAAAUGUGGCAAAUGAUAUUAGUCAUUGAAUUAAGAAAGCUCAUUUUCCUCAUCCUUUCCUGUCUGCCCUGGGAUGUACAUGUUGAAUAAUUCUAUGUCCAUCCUUGCAUUGCAACUUAGAGUUACCCAACCAGGAAGCUUAUCACCUUCCUCCAGAGAGAGCUGAUGAAAUAUCUUUUUGUUUUUGCAGGUUUUUAUUAAUAGACCCCAAGAAGAUCUUCUACCCUCAGAUCUCUAACUACAAAAGCCAAAGGUCCCUCUUGUCCGAGAUAGACAGCAUUACCUAGCAGUAUGCAUAUUCUAGCAACAUGAACGACGUCAAGAGUAACCGAGAACUGUACCUGCAGUACUCAGCCACAGCCCCUAAGCUGCUGGCCCACAUCUCCAAAUUACUCAUCAUGUGCCGGAACUCAGGCAUUGCUGUACCUAAGGGCAUCAGAAACAUCUUUGAGUUCACUUGGGAGGAGCUCAUCUCUGACCCCAUGGUGCCUACCCCAUCUGACAUCCCGGGCCUGGAGAUCAGCAUUGGGACCCCGCCCUUGGUGCCUGUGGAAUCAAUCCCUGUGCCGGUCCCUAUCCAGAAGAAGCCACCUCCACCACCAGUACCACCACCGGCACUAUCUACAUCCAGUGGGCCAGUCAGGCUCACCACUCGCCCUCACACCCGUGGCCGUCAGCUACGCUCCACCCAGGGGACCCUGCACAGGUUCCAGCAGCAGUCCAUCCACUUGCUAACUGAGCUACUCACCCUGAAGAUGAAGGCCAUGGUGGAGUCUGUGUCUGUAGGUGCCAACCCCCUGGACAUCACAAGGCGCUUUGUGGAGGCCAGCCAGCUCCUCCACCUCAAUGCCAAGGAGGUUGCUUUCAACUCCCUGAUUGGCACUGUCAGGAGAAGUGGCCAUGGUGUUGGAUCUCUGGGGAAAGAGUCUUUUAUGAGCACCUCAAUCAUGGGAGUAAAUUCACCUUAUCAGCUUAUCUAUGAGGCCUCUACUGGCUGUCUGAGCUUUUCACUCUCAACUGGAAAGGAAGUCAAGAAGAAAACAGGCAAAUCAAAAAAUUUAGAAGAGAUAACUGUGUCAUCCCCUCAACGAGGACCUGGAACUUCUGUCUCUGACAAUGUGGAGUUCAGCGACCCCUGCCCUGAGGUCCGGGGGAAGCUGCAGGAGAUGUGUCGCCAUAUAGAAGCCGAAAGGACCUCGUGGAGAGGGAGGAAUAUCUUCUACCCCAUGAUCUUACGCAACUACAGGGCAAAGAUGGCCUCUCAUUCAGUGUUGACCCUGAAAGGGGACGCUCAGACCCUGAGCUCCCAGCACUCUCACCCUCCAGGUGCUCAGACUUCCAUUCCCGCCUCUUACCAGCCUUCCAUCUCCCAUUCUCACUUCGGUCGGCACUCUCAGGAGUGGAGGGGAGGCAAGAAGACCAUCAAGUUGCACUAUACCUUCUAUGAUGGGUCUUCCUUCGUUUACUAUCCCUCCGGAAACAUUGCCAUGUGUCAGAUCCCCACGUGCUGCAGAGGGAGACCCAUCACCUGCCUCUUUAAUGACACACCCAACUUCUUCCUGGCUCUGUUCAAUGCUGAAGGCCAGGGCUACGUUCACUACAACCUAAAGGCCUGCUGCCCAUAUGUCUUGGUCUUGGAUGAGGAAGGCGGGACUACCAGCGACUACAAGGGCUAUGCAGUCCACAAGUGGAGCUGGGCUUCUAAGACGGAGACUUUGCUCUCCCUGGAAUAUAAGGUGAAUGAGCAAAUGAAGCUGACGGUGCUGGGGCAGGACUCCAUCAUGGUCACCUUUACCUCCCUGAAUGAGACAGUAACACUCACUGUAUCAGCCAACAACUGUCCCCACGGGGUAGGACACGAUAAAAGGAUGUUCCACAAGAUCAGCAGCCUGGACGACAAGCUGUCUAAGAUGAGCCGAGCCCUGGCAGAGAUCAAGAGGCGGUUUCAGAAGGCAGUGUCUCAGUUCAUGAAUUCUGUCUUACUGGCGGCAGGCCUGGUCACCAUAGAAUAUACAGUAAGGGAAUCGUCAGAAAUAAGUCGAACCAGAAUGAAAUCCUGGCCGUUUCUCGAGCGGAGCACCAAGCCAAGUGUAUACUCAGAAGGCCUUCCAUCACGGUAUCAGUCAGCCCCACACGAAUCCUUGAUUGGAGAGUCUUUGAAAGAAGAUCCUGUGUCUGCUCCUGUGAGCCCCACUAGGAAAAAGACCAUCAAGAUCCGUGCCAAAGCCCUGGUCACACCCAGAGGGAAGAGCCAGGAGGUGCGCAGCCCCACCGGGUGGGCAGCCUCACCCUCUGACUGCCCGCUGGUGCUGCGGAAGCUCAUCUGUAAGGAAGGCAUCCAUGCUGGCUGCAAGUGCAUAGUGAAGCCACCCCUGGUGUCCGACCUGGAGCUGGAGCGCUUCCUGUCUGCGCCUCGCGACCCCAGCCAGGUGCUGGUGUUUGGGAUCGUGUCUGGCCAGAGCCCCACCAGCACAGGAGAGCUCCAGUGGCUGCUCAGCACACUCUACAGUCACCGGCAGCAGGGCCGCGCCUCGCCCUGCGUCCAGUGCCGGCAUGACCCCUACCGCCUGCUGCGGUACGACCUGGACAGCCCCCUGCAGAAGGCCCCGCCCCUGCUGGUGAAGAAGUAUGCUGUGAUGAAGGGGAUGGUUCUGAUGUUCGCUGGGGGAAAGCUCCUUUUUGGGGGCUGCGUUUUGAAUGGAUACGGCUUCAGCAAGCAGAAUCUGCUGAAACAGAUCUUCCAGGCUCGACAGGACUGCAAGAUGGGCUACUUCCUGCCGGAGAAUUACAAAUUUAGCACGUCAGCCUCCAUCCUGGGCCUGGAUGACCCUGACUCAGACAAGAGAGCAAUGUUGGAAGACAGCCAGGGAAGCGCCUCUUCAUUGACCAUAGGGGACAAGAUGGAGGAGCCCUCCCCCGAAGCGGAGAAGUAG